CCUUGGACUGGGGGAGAAAACCGGAGUACCCGGAGGAAACCCCCAUAGCACGGGGAGAACAUGCAGAGAUAUAUAUAGAUAUAUAGCAUGUAAUUAGCUGCUGCUGCAGGUGUCGUGUGGGGCAGAGGACAUCUCGGGUAUUAUCCGAUCAGCAAGUGCGCUGGAGUCUUUGCUUUAAACUGAAACACCGGCUCUGGCGGAUUAAUUAAAGUUGGCGGAUAAUAAUGAGAGAGCUUAAAGAGGAAGACACUAUUUAUUUAGCACAGCUUGAGUCACGGCUGAGGUGCAGAUGGAGCUGGUUCUGGCUGAAGGUUGGAGCCAAAACAGAGGUGAAGGGAGUCCAGCACAAGUUCCCACUGUCACGGUAUUUUUUAUUUUUAAUUGACAAAGCGGGGUAUGCAACAAGGGCUCUCGUGCCCUCUUGGCACACUGCCAAACUGAGGUGGCUGGAAUGCAAAAAGGUUAUGAUGAAGUGGUGUCAAGAAAUGUUGUUGUCUUUUUUACUUGAAGCAAAUGUUGUCUUUUUCCUUUAUUUUCAGAGUGCACCAGAAUGCUUUGUUUACAUAUUAAAAUCACAAACAUUUUCUUAUGGGGAGGAUGCCCCAAGACCACCCUAUAGUGAUUAAAUUCGGAAACAUGUCACUUUUUAAACCUCUUCUGAGUUUGCAGGUCUGCUUAUAUUUUAUGACACAGUAAUACACUGGCACCAGAAUGGAGCAGGUUAUAUAAUGGCCAUUUAAUGUCUUCAAGACUUUAUCCUGGUCAAGGUCUGGAGGCAGAAAUAUACCCUGGAUGAGAUGCCAGUCCAUCGCAGAACACCAUGCAUGCACCUAGUGGCAAUUUAGCAUAGCCAGUCUACCUAUCGGCAUGUUUUUUGGAGGUGCAAAGAAACUGGUGAUCUUGGAGUAAACCCAUGCUCAGGAGCAAGGUGGCAAUGACAUAUAAGGUCAACCCCAAAACCUAUAUGUUUGCACUCUAUGUAAUAAUAUUUGCAUGUCAUAUGUUUAAUACUAACUGGCAAUUAAAGCUAGCAAUUUCUUAAAAGAACGGUGUAAAUAGUAAAACCAUUACCAUUAUUGGCCCUUAAUGGUAUCCACUAGACAUAACAUGCCAUCAAUACAAGGCAACAAAUUAAUAGUAGUUUCCCACAGGGACCAUUACAGUUUCUAUUAAAACCGAUACAAUUACCAUUAUAACCACUACAACCAUUACAAAUUCUACGAGGGUUUCUACUGUUUUUUUUUCAGCAGGGUAAAGUUUAGAGUGCGGCCUCAAAUUCAUCAUUAAUUCUACACAUGAAAGUUUUACUUUAAAAUAUUAGCGUAUUAUUAUUAUUCUGUUGCUUGCAUGUCAGCAGUAGGUGGCAGCAAUGUAUUCUCCAGUCUUAAACAUAAUCUCCGGGAUAAAUGGGUAGCGUAGUCCUAAACGCGUUUUGUCGCUACCUGAUCCAGCAAGCGCCCGAUAUGCACGGCGCAUGCGCAAACCUUCGCGUCAACAAGGCAUCAGGCACGGAUCUGGUAGUGACAUGAUAAACCAAAGACAGCCAGAUUCUGUGUAAUAUCCGCAGGUUAAUGAUAGAUGCGUCCUUCAGAGCAGUGGUUCUCAAAGAGGAUGUCAAUGGAAUUAGACGUAUUUGUGGGCAACACCACCAUCAUCGAUGAAGAGGUGUACCAGCUGUGGUUGGAUGGAUAUCCAGUGAACGAUGCAGUGAGGAUGCGGCUAGAGAGUGGUGUUUUCCGUGAGAGUGAUGACAGCAAAGAGGUCCUGCACAGUGACACCAUGGACCAAUACAGAACCUUCCAGAUGUGCGAGCGGCUUUUGCACUGCCCCUCAAAACUGGCCAAUCAGCUCCUCUUUCAGAUCCCUAGCCAGCGGCAGGCUGUGCUCGUAGAAAGGUAUUAUGAGUUUGACCAUACGUUUGCCAGAGAGGUUUUGGGAAAGAAGCUUUCUAAAGGGACCAAGAAGGACCUAGAUGACAUCAGCUCAAAGACAGGCAUCGCCUUAAAGAGCUGCCGUCGUCAGUUUGACAAUUUCAAGCGAGUGUUCAAAGUGGUGGAGGAGCUGAAAGGCCCCCUGGUGGAGAACGUGAAGCAUCAUUUCCUCUUGUCUAAUUCACUGGCCAGGAACUACGCUGCUGUUGUGUUCUUCGCUAACAGCCGCUUUGAGACUGGCAAGAGAAAGCUGCAGUAUUUGUCUUUUCAGGACUUUGCCUUCUGUGCAGGCCAGCUCAUCAGCUACUGGACUGUGGGGGCCGUUGAUGACAUGAUGGAGGACAUGGAUGUAGAUCUGGAUAAAGAGUUUUUGCAUGAUCUAAAAGAGUUAAAGGUUCUGGUUAAUGAUAAAGACAUGCUGGAUCAACACAAAAGUCUGGUUUGCUCCCAGCUUAAAGGAAAAAUCAAGGUCUUCACUGAGAUGGAGGCUAAUUUUAAGAACCUAUCCCGGGCACUGAUCAACAUCGCGUCCAAACUCACCAACAUCAAAGAUGUGCGGGAUUUGUUCAUCGACCUUGUGGAGAAGGUAUCAAGUGAUAUGGGAGAGAUACAUGGGCGUAAUCAAAACCUGCAUCCUGAAAAUGUACCACAAUUAAAAUGGUGCUCUGGUCCACCAAAAAAUUCCUGCAUUCUCACAUUCCCAGGUUUAUUUGUAUUAUUUUGGAUGUUUACACAACCAAUUUCCACCCAAUUUCCACAGCAUGCUUUCUUUUUUUAGCACUUUGUGUGAAAAUAUUAGUGUUUGAUACUUUGUUAUUAAGUAAAAUAUCCACUUUUACAGAACAGCAGCUCAUAGCUUUCUUUUCCUUUUCUCCUACAAUCCAUUGUGUGCCUACCACAGUAGAUACAGCAUAAAGUUCCUCUGAAAAGGAAGUUGAGGAACUGUAAUGUUUUCUCUCAGUGAAAAAACAGCUAUCAGUGUGCAGCAGGGGGCUUCAUUUACCCCGGCAGCUCUGGAGACAGUGGAUGGGGGUUUGGAUGUGUGAGACUUUUACUGCCUUGUAAAAAUCUGUGAACUAUGACAGCAGUCACCCCCAAUAACCCUCACAAAUAACCAUAAAAAUCCCCCAACCCAGGACAGUGGUAUAACCUCUGUAUGACAAAUCUCACUUAAGUUGGUGUCUCAAAAAACUUUUAAGUUUCUCAAAAAUUUCAGUCACCUAGCCAUUUGUAUGAAGUACCUUUUUGAACUGCACAAAAAUACCAGAAGCUUUGGCACCAGAUAGCUAGAACUAUGAUUUUCCCACUGGCCUCCUAGUUCCAGUUUUAUGGCUUUUGGUAUCUGGUCAAUAUUGGCACCAACAGGGUACUCCAGGGUUGUGACUAGCAGUGUACCGUACCACGAUUAGUUAAACUUAUCAUGUCACACAACAAACAACUUCACCAAAAACCUAAGCUCUAACAGUAAAUUAGGAUGUUUCUAUUAAAAAGAAGGAAUAACAGGAACUGUUCAACUGUAUGCUCUAUUAUGUGAUAUAAUUAGGUCCAAUUCUUUUGUUUUUGCUGUAGACUAUAGAUAUUUGGGUUUGAGAUAACAAAAAACAAGAUGAUAGAUCAGAAUGUCAGCUUUCAUUUUCUAAUAUUUACAUCUAGACGUGUUAAACAACUUAGAACUUGAUACCUUUUGUUUGAACCCACCCAUUUUUCAAUGAAAAUAUUGGAACGUGACUGACAAUUGUUUCUUGUUGCCCAGGUGUGCCCUGUUAAAUUGAUUGUUUAAACAAUUAAUAGCUCUGAAUAUCCACUCUUGAUGAUGAUGGUGAUGAUGAUGAUGAUGAUGCAGUCGCUCUUACUAUUAUCCUGUACUGUGUCUGUUCUGGUCAUCACUCACAUUGGUGGAAAAUAAACUUGUACUAGA